AAAAUAAAAAAAAAAAUUAAAAAAAAAGAAAAAGUUUAUAUUCGACCAAUUGCAUAUCUUCAAUCGUCGUUUAAAUUGAUCUUGCUGCUGCUGCUGCUACUACUUGUUGCUUUUGGGCCUUAAUCACACAUUACACUGGGGAGCCUAAAAAUACCCCCCAUUUUUGUCAAUUAUUACCAAACUGUAAUAAGAUAAUAAAUGACCUUCUCUUUUGUAGUAUGAACCACCCUACCACCACCACCACCGGGUUUCUACGGCACAUGACAUCAUAGUGAACGGACACUUUUUUUGUGUGUGAUAAAGAGAAAUGGGUGACUUUGCUUUUUUUUUAACCUUCCGACCCUAUUGGUAAUCUGGGGUAAAAAUAUAUAGGUCUUAAAAAAAAAGUCCCCUGGGGGGGUUACUAUUACCUGUUUCUACGAUAAACACACACCACAAAAAAAAUAAUUUUAGAACAUGCAACCUUCCACAACAUUACGUGCUGUUCAUAAGCCCUUGAUUCAUUUCCUUGGUCCCAGAGCUAGUCUCUGGAAAGAUGCACCUCAUCACACUGGUCCUCACCCUUUAACACCUGCUAAUCUUGUUAAGCACGUUGCUAAGGCUAGUACUCCCGCCACUCCUCCCAAGGCUGCUAGUGCUACUGCUGCCUCUCCCAAGGCCACUGUUGGUGCCUUGGAAUUCAGUCAGUUGGCUGCUCGUUACCGUCGCGCACCUAUUUCCGAGGCAGAAAUGGAAGCUAUUGAGAGUGGUGGAGCUACUUAUAUUAUUUAAAAGUGGGGGAUAAUAAUAAUAAUAAUAAUAAAA